AUGGCGUCACAAGCGCAAGCCGCCCAGCGACCGAAGGUCCAACCCUGCCGAUACAAGACCGGAAAGACAUUAGGAGCGGGCUCCUAUUCCGUCGUGAAGGAAUGCGUACACAUCGAUACCGGCCAUUACUAUGCCGCGAAGGUUAUCAACAAGCGGCUGAUGGCGGGGCGGGAGCACAUGGUUCGGAAUGAGAUCGCGAUCUUGAAGCGGGUUUCGAUGGGUCAUCAGAACAUUCUCACCCUGGUGGAUUAUUUCGAGACGAUGAACAACUUAUACCUCGUCACUGACCUCGCGCUGGGCGGAGAGCUCUUCGAUCGCAUCUGCCGUAAAGGCAGCUACUUCGAAUCCGACGCUGCCGACCUCAUUCGCGCCAUCCUGUCGGCCGUCGCCUACCUGCAUGAUCACGGCAUCGUGCAUCGUGACCUGAAGCCGGAGAAUCUGCUGUUUCGCACGCCGGAGGAUAACGCCGACCUGUUGAUCGCCGACUUCGGUCUGUCCCGCAUCAUGGACGAGGAGCAGUUCCACGUUCUUACGACAACCUGCGGUACGCCGGGCUACAUGGCGCCGGAGAUCUUCAAGAAGAGCGGCCAUGGAAAGCCAGUGGACAUCUGGGCCGUCGGUGUCAUCACCUAUUUCCUCCUCUGCGGCUACACGCCGUUCGACCGCGACUCCAACCUGGAAGAGAUGCAGGCCAUCCUUGCAGCGGACUACUCGUUCACGCCGCUCGAGUACUGGCGCGGCGUGUCGCAGAACGCCCGCGACUUCAUCAAGCGCUGUCUCACCGUGGACCCGGAUGCCCGGAUGACGGCGCACGAGGCGCUGCAGCACCUGUGGGUGAACCCGCCGUACGACGCGAUGGCCGACCAGUCCGGCACGGGCGAGGACCUGCUGCCGACGGUCAAGAAGAACUUCAACGCGCGGCGCACGCUGCACAAGGCCAUCGACACCGUGCGGGCCAUCAACAAGCUGCGCGAGGGCGGCGGCCUGAUGAUGGACGGCAUGAUGAGCGUCGACCCCAAGCCCGAGCGCGUCAACGGCAACGAGAUCAUCGAGGAGGAGCCGCCCCGCGGGGGGCCUGGUCGUGGCCACGACGGGAACAUGGAGAUCGAUAGUCGUGGGAACGCGCGCGGGCAGACGGAGGAGCAGAUCCGGGCGCAGGAGAGACGGGUCAAGGAGACGGUGGCAGGGCUGUGGAGCCGUUCGGCUGUGAAGAAAUGA